AUUACAAGUUUAUAAUAUACAAAGGAGUCGAGAAGAAAUAAGAAAAAGAAGCAUAUGAGAAAGCGUCAAGUGGUGUUGAGGAGAGCCUCGCCGGAUGAACCUUCUAGAAGCUCAUCGACGGCUUCGUCUCUGACUGUGAGAGGUGUGAGAUACGGCGAGUGUCAGAAGAACCAUGCGGCGGCGGUCGGGGGCUACGCCGUCGAUGGCUGCCGUGAGUUCAUGGCAAGCAACGGAGAGGAAGGUUCGGUGGCAGCGCUAACGUGCGCCGCCUGUGGCUGCCACCGCAGUUUCCACCGGAGAGAAAUCGAAACCGAGGUUGUUUGCGACUGUAAUUCACCUCCUUCGACUGGAAACUAGACCAGUAAAAACUUCAGACCUAGCCACCUAGUGUCAGGGGUUUGUGUCUCGCUGAGAAGCUAAGCAGAAAACUUAUGAGAAUUAUAGAUUGGAGGUGUUGGAAGAUCUAUAAUAGCUGGAUGCUUUGAGUAUGUCUCAAAAAAUAUCUAUGAAAUAUGAAGAUUAUUCUUGUUUUAUGUAAUGUUUUAUAAAGUUUGAUUUGUUUUCUGUUUGGUCAAGUUAAUGUAUUUUGAUUAUGUGGUUGAAGCAUAUAUCUUUUCAAAUCAAUUUCACUUCAAGACAACUAUAAACCGUAGUGUGAAAUAAA